AUGGCACAAAGAGUUCAACAGAUUGUUAGUCACCUCACAGGAAACAAUCCAGCUGUUGCUAGAGUUGGAAAGUCAAGUCCAGACGAUGUAGUCGUAGUUACAGCUGUUCGUACUCCAAUGACAAAAUCUAAGAAGGGUGGUUUUAAGGACACGCUUCCUGAAGACUUGCUUGCUGCUGUGUUCAAAGCCAUCCUUGAAAAAUCGAAAAUAGAUCCUAAUCUCAUUCAAGACGUUGCAGUUGGUAAUGUUCUUCCACCUGGUGGUGGCGCUAAUGUUGCACGUGCGGCCUCUUUAUAUGCUGGUAUUCCCGAAACUGCUGCUUUAAACACCGUUAAUAGACAAUGCUCUUCUGGUUUGCAAGCAGUUGUUCAAAUUGCUCACGAAAUAGCACUUGAUCAAAUUGAAGUUGGCAUAGGUGCCGGUGUUGAAAGUAUGACCUUUGGCUUUGGUGCGGGAGUUUUACCUGAAAAUACUUCAGAGCAAGUUUUCUCAAAUCCAGCUGCGGCUGAUUGUUUAUUACCAAUGGGCAUUACUUCUGAAAAUGUUGCAAAGGACUUUGGUAUUACUCGUGCCAAGCAAGAUGCAUUCUCAGCAUUAUCUCAUAAAAAGGCUGCUGCUGCUCAAGAAGCCGGCCUUUUUAAUGAAGAAAUUAUCCCUGUUAGUACAAAAUGGGUAGAUCCAAAGACUGGUGAAGAAAAGAAAAUAGUUGUAUCAGCUGAUGAUGGUAUUCGUAAAGGGACUACACCCGAAGGUUUAGCUAAAUUAAAACCCGCUUUUGCAGCUGAUGGUACUACCACUGCUGGUAGUUCUUCUCAAGUUUCAGAUGGCGCUGGAGCUGUAUUGUUAAUGAAAAGAAAAACUGCAGAGAAAUUAAACUUACCAAUUCUUGGCAAAUUUGUUCGUGCUGCUGUUGUUGGUGUCCCACCAAGAAUUAUGGGUGUUGGGCCUGCAUAUGCCAUCCCAAUCGUUCUUAAACAAGCUGGUCUUUCCAUUAAUGAUAUUGAUAUUUAUGAGAUCAACGAAGCCUUUGCUUCUCAAGCUGUUUAUUCUAUCGAAAAAUUGGGUAUUGAUAUUAAUAAAGUUAAUCCGAAGGGAGGUGCUAUUGCAUUAGGGCACCCUCUCGGAGCCACAGGUGCUAGACAGAUAUCAACUUUAUUGACUGAAUUGAGAAGAACAAAAAAGAAAUUGGGUGUUAUCUCUAUGUGUGUUGGUAGUGGUAUGGGUAUGGCUGCAAUCUUUGAAGCUGAAUGGUAA